GGAGAAGUGCCUGGCAACACAACGGCGCACAGCGCAGACCAUCACCUCUGGAUUAACACGUUAUAUCGGUGACAGGAUUGCACAACUCCCCGGAGCCUCAUCAGAAAGACACGGGAUGGGUCACAGGCAUCAAAGGAGCUUCACAUCAUCUCAUGGCAAACUCUGAAGAGCAAAACUGUUUGAUUUAGAUGAAUGAAGAGCUGGACUACAUUUGGCUGUAGGAUGCAUUUUACCUCCCCGUUAAUUUUACUGUAAAGGCCUAAAACGGAGCAACCAUCACCCGUCAGUGCUUCAUCUGAAUGGAAAUAUGGACCCCAACCAAAAAGGCAUUUUGACUCAACAUGUCCAGGAACUAUGAGCCUGGUCAGUCAGUAGGGAUGUUGGCCGCCGUGGAACAUGGUCCCAUCCUCUGCAGCGAUUCCAACAUCCUCUGCCUCUCGUGGAAAGGCCGGGUCCCAAAGAGCGAGAAGGACAAGCCAGUGUGCCGGCGACGGUACUAUGAGGAGGGCUGGCUCGCCACGGGAAACGGGAGAGGAGUUGUUGGAGUGACGUUUACAUCAAGUCACUGCAGGAGGGAUAGAAGCACACCUCAGAGAAUCAAUUUCAACCUGCGAGGACACAACAGCGAGGUUGUCUUGGUGCGUUGGAAUGAGCCCUUUCAGAAGCUGGCCACCUGUGAUAUAGAGGGUGGCAUUUUCGUAUGGAUCCAGUAUGAAGGACGGUGGUCUGUGGAGUUAGUUAAUGACAGGGGAGCUCAGGUGAGUGACUUCACUUGGUCACAUGAUGGCACGCAGGCCCUCAUCGCAUACAGGGAUGGCUUCGUGUUAGUCGGCUCUGUCAGUGGUCAGAGACACUGGUCCUCUGAGAUCAACCUGGAGAGUCAAAUCACCUGUGGUAUCUGGACACCUGAUGAUCAGCAGGUCUUGUUUGGCACAGCAGAUGGACAGGUAAUAGUGAUGGACUGUCAUGGGCGGAUGCUCGCCCAUGUCUUGUUGCAUGAGUCUGACGGGAUUGUGAGCAUGUCUUGGAACUGUCCCGAUUUCCUGGUAGAGGACAGCACCGAGAGCGACACGGACUCUGAUGACAACAUCCUGCCUUUAGUACGAAGAGUCAAGCCUUUGCUGACAGUUACCUUCUUAUCGGGAGAUAUCAGUCUCAUGAACAACUAUGAUGACCUUUCCCCUGCCAUAAUCCGCUCUGGGCUAAAAGAUGUGGAAGCCCAGUGGUGCUCCCAGGGAGACCUCCUUGCUGUGGCCGGAAUGGAGAGACACGGGCUUCCUGCUGACCCUGCCUGCUCGUCCAUCAUUAGGAACGCCCUCGUUAAGUUCUAUAAUGUCCAAGGCGAGCACAUCUACACUCUUGAAACACCUGCUCAGAGGCCCAUCACCACCAUCUGUUGGGGUCACAGAGACUCCCGCUUGUUCCUUGCAUGUGGACCAGCGCUCUAUGUGGUGCGUGUGGAGCACAGAGUGGCCAGCCUCCAGCUCUUAUGUCAGCAAGGCAUUGCUAGCGCCUUGCGAGAGGAGAAGGAUGUGGGGAAACUAAACAUGCCUUCUCUGCUCUGCUCUUACGUCACCACUGCUUUUAUACCCACCAUCAAGCCCCCAAUUCCUGACCCCAACAACAUCCGUGACUUUGUCAGCUAUCCCACAGCUGGGAAUGAGCGGCUCCACUGCACCAUGAAGCGAGCAGAAGACAGUCCGGAGGCAGGCGGACCCUGCUACACGCUGUACCUCGAAUAUUUAGGGGGACUGGUGCCUAUUCUCAAGGGAAGGCGCAUCAGUAAACUCAGGCCUGAGUUUGUUAUUAUGGAUCCAAAAAAUGAUAGUAAAGCAGAGGAGGUGUGUGUGAAUCCUAUGAUAUCGUACGCGGACAGCUGUAACUGCUCUGACUCCAGUGACAUUGACUUGAGUGAUGAGUGGGUUGGCAAGAAAUCACCAAAGUUAUCUCGGGGAAACAGGCUGAACAUGGAAUCAAGAAAAUCUCCAAAACUUUCACGUGCCAAUCAGGAAGGUCAAAGAUCGCCGCGCCUACCAUCAAAAAAGCCUCCAGUGCGGUCACCUAGUCUCACACGCCGGGAGUUUACCAUGGAUGGAAUCGCAGAGCACAACUACCUAGCACAAGUCACAUCGAACAUAUGGGGAACAAAGUUCAAAAUUGUUGGGCUGGCCUCUUUUCUUCCGACCAAUCUUGGAGCAGUUAUCUAUAAGACAAGUUUGCUUCACUUGCAACCGAGACAGAUGACAAUCUACCUUCCAGAAGUACGAAAAAUAUCUCAUGACUUUAUGAGCCUGCCUGUGUUCAACCCCAAUGUGUUCAGUGAGGAUGAGGAUGACUUACCAGUGAUGGGGCCAUCUGGAGUGGCAGGAGACAAUCCUCCCUGCACAGUCAAUAUUCCCAUUGCUCCUAUCCACAGCCCAGCUCAAGCCAUGUCUCCGACACAGAGUAUUGGUUUGGUUCAGUCCCUUCUGGCCAAUCAAAACAUACAGCUUGACGUCCUGAGCAAUCCGACGGCCACAGCAGCGGCGGCGGCAGCAGCCUCCGUUCCGGUCUCUGAUCAUAACCAGGAUAGUGUUGCAUCACCGUACCCUGUGCCAGCUAGGUAUUCAAACCCCGGGCAGGUCAUCUUUAAUGGUUUGGACAUUGGUCCUCUUCUCCCGGGGACUUUGCCUCCCCCACCACCACCUCACCAUCUCCCACCGCAGCCUCCCCUGCAGCGACCUCAUUCCCAGCCGCCUCGCCAGCAGCCAUCCAAACAGUCACAACUAAUGCACACGCAGCAGCAGCAGAAAAUGCAUCAUCAUCAACAGCAGCAGCAGCAGCAGCAGCAACAGCACCAUCAGUCGCAGUCGCAGCCGCAGCCGCAGCAGCAGCAGCAACAUCAACAUCAACAGUUUCAGCAGCUGCACCACCAGCAAACGCUGCACCCACAGCAGCAGCCUCAUCAGCAGCACCAGGUGCAGCAGCACCCACACGUGCAACAAGCCACCCAACAGCUCCAGCAGCAGCAUCAGAUCCAACAGCAGCAGCAGCAGAUGCAGCUGCAGCACGAGCAGAUGCAGCAGCAGCAGCAGCAGAUGCAGCAGCAGCAGCAGCAAAUCCGCCAGCAGAUCCAGGAAAUGCGGCAGCAGCAGCAGCAGCUCCAGCAGCAGCAUCAGCAGAUCCAGCAGCAGCACCAGCAGAUGCAGAGGCAGCACCAACAAAUGCAGCAGCAGCUGAAGAUGCAGAUGUCUUUGCCCCCUCCUCCAUCUGGCUAUCCAACCAUUUCCCUGCAGCAGAUUCACAUCCUCCCUCAAAUUGCUCCACCCGUAUCUGAAUCGGGCCACGACAGAGCAGACCACGGUCACACACUGAAGCCAAGUCUUCCACGAAGCUUGCCCCCCUCGUUCAUUGACACAGACGGGUCCAUGGAACUCCAGAUGAGAAAGGUAAAUCCUCCUCCCCCGUACCCCGGGACUGUGGUGUCUGCUUCUGCGGCUACAGCAGCCGCGGCGCCCCAGACUCUGGUCACAAACUGUGACAGUCCCAGUGUCCUGGCUCCUGACCCCUGCCUGAAGAAGGAGGAAUUCUUGCUUCACCCCGUGACUUUACAGUACCCCACGCCUCUGGGGUAUGAAAGGAUCACAACCUUUGACAGCAGUGGGAAUGUGGAGGAGGUUUGCCGGCCGCGCAGGCGCCUUAUUCGCAACCAGAAUGCAUACUCCUCACAUGGCAUUGGAGGCUCCGCCACGCUCAAAGUUACUUCUUCAGACAGUAAAAAAGUCCUGCUUCCAUACAGUUCUGCUACAUUAAGCCGCCUUUCUGUCCCUAGAUAUUCCAUACCGAGCGGGGACCCUCCUCCUUAUCCUGAUCCGGCCAAUCAAGUAACUGCUACACUUCCUCUUCCACCUCCUCAAAGAGUCGACAGCAGUCUGAUUCACGCCACCCUUCGUCGUGACCGCAGAGAUGUGGGACUCAAAGUGCCACAAAUGAUGGAUACGUCAAGAACCCUUCCCACCAAGGCCAAAAUGAACAGCGCACUGUCCCUUUCCUACCAGCAGAGGGUGCCCACGGCAUUGUAUACCUGCACACAAUGCAGCAGUAACAGCAGUAGCACCAGUGUGAGUGUUAGCGGGGGAGGAACGACAAGCAGUGGUAUCGCAGGUGGCACAGUUGUGAGGCAGGACUUCCCCCCUGGGAAAGGUGCACACCACAGCACCAUUAUAGUGCACUCCAAAAGUACCUCGCCCCUGUCCUCUCAGUCGUCUUACAGCCUGCUGGGUGCUGUUGACAACAGCCGAGACAGAACAGUGUACGUUAACUCUGCCUUCACUGAGGACGAGACUUUAAAUCAGCAGUGUCACCUUGAAAAAUCUGUACGUCAGAUGACUCUCGGCGAUGUCAGUUUGACUGUUAAACGUCCUCCACCGUACCAGUGGGACACCUCAAACACAGAGGACUUCUGGCUUACACCUGAUCAAGCAAUGUUAGCUCCCCCACCAGGACCCCACAAACCUCCUCCAUUUGUUAUUAGUCAAGCUCAGCACUUGGACAUGGCUCGGCUUCCUUUUGUCCUCACAACAAAACCUCCAACAAGUCCAAGUACGAGCACCCUUACUUUCCCUUCGGGCUACCAGAUAUCCCUCUCACCCUUUCCCCCGAGUAUGGGUCACAGUGGUCCUCCACUUCAAACCUUACAGAACCCACCACAACCACAGUGUUCCCCAAAUGAAGUUGUUGGUCCAGUUCCCUUUGCUCAGCAGGACCCCAGUUUGGUUUUACCACCAGGCUAUCCUCCGAAUCUGGCCAACUUGGCCUGCUGCCCUCUCCCCCCACUCUAUCCAGGGGCUAGUUCCUGUGCUGGACUGCAACUGCACCCUGUUAGCCUGCAUCCCUGGAACCCUUACCCCUGCCCACCACCCAUGCAAGAUCCUCCAGCACCUCCUCUGCCAACCAAAACUCACCAGAUAUUAGAGAAGCCAAUUCUCUCCCCGCCUCCUCCCACGGCUCCACCACCACCACCUCCACUACCACCUCCUCCCCCACCUACAGAGUUACCACCAUCCAAAAGUGCCGCUGAAGAUCUAGCAGAGUCUUCCAACAACUUUCCAGAGCCAUCAUCCCUGAACGAAAGUCCUGUUCGACAGGAGUCAGAGCGCUUCAACAAGAAAAGUCGUAAAAGACUGGACAGCAGGGCUGACGAGGCCAACGUGCCCACUGUCUCCGAAGGCAGAUCUCGAAAGGAAGGACGUGCACUUUCUGACUUCAACACUCUCAUUUCCAGUCCACGGCUUGGUAGCAGGGAGAAAAAGAAGCCCAAAGGGCCGAGAGAACAACUCAAUAAAACCAAGAAAAUGAGCAGGACUACGAAUGAGUUCCAAGAUAGCUCAGAAAGUGAACCCGAGCUCUUCAUAAGCGGUGACGAGCUCAUGAACCAGAAUCAGAGCAGUAAGAAGAGCUGGAAGAACAAGCGAAGCCUUCGUAUGGCAAGUGAGUUGGAGGAGAUAAAGUGCCGUAAGGCAAAUGAAAGAGAGGACCGUAGUUUAGGCAGCCAAGGAUUUGUCUAUGUCAUGGCCAAUAAACAACCCUUGUGGAAUGAAGCCACCCAGGUCUACCAGCUUGACUUUGGAGGUCGAGUCACUCAGGAGUCUGCGAAGAAUUUUCAGAUAGAGCUGGAUGGUAGACAGGUGAUGCAGUUUGGGCGAAUAGAUGGGAACGCUUAUAUCCUGGAUUUCCAGUAUCCUUUCUCAGCAGUGCAGGCAUUUGCUGUUGCCUUAGCUAAUGUGACUCAAAGGCUGAAGUGA